UUCCUUUGUUUCUUCUUCAGUCAAUACCCAAACUCACCUUCCCGGGUGGAUUAUUAAUUGGUUGUAGUCCUGGACUCAUGAAUGUUCCUAAGAUCAAAGGGACGCAUACCGCCAUGAAAAGUGGCAUGUUGGCUUCAGAAGCCAUCUUUAGCCAAUUAAUCAGUGAAAAUCUCCAAUCAAAGACAAUAGGACUUGAUGUGCAAGAAUAUGAAGAGAACCUGAAAAAGUCCUGGGUCUGGAAAGAGCUGUAUGCAGUUAGAAACAUCCGACCAUCAUGCCACAGCAUACUUGGUGUGUAUGGAGGAAUGAUUUACACAGGCAUAUUUUAUUGGCUACUGAGAGGAAUGGAACCAUGGACAUUAAAACAUCCAGGACCAGAUUUUGCUCAGCUCAAGCCAGCCAAAGACUGCAUGCCUAUUGAAUACCCAAAGCCUGAUGGGAAAAUCAGUUUUGAUCUCCUGUCGUCUGUGGCUUUAAGUGGUACAAACCAUGAACAUGACCAGCCUGCUCAUUUAACUCUCAAAGAUGAUGGCAUCCCUGUGAGCAGGAAUUUGGCUGUAUUCGAUGGACCGGAACAAAGAUUUUGUCCAGCAGGAGUUUAUGAGUAUAUUCCUCUGGAAACAGGAGAAGGAUCAAGACUGCAGAUAAAUGCUCAGAACUGUGUCCACUGCAAAACAUGCGAUAUUAAAGACCCAAGUCAGAACAUUAACUGGGUAGUGCCUGAAGGUGGAGGAGGACCAGCUUAUAAUGGGAUGUAAACUGACAGGACAUCUAUUCAGUGAUUUCUGAUCACCAGAAAAUAAGUUGGGAGUAUUUUAUGCUGCAUUGUAAUUAAAGUACAGCACUGACUUGAAUGUUAAAAAAAUUUGAGGCUAAAUUUUAGGUAUGACUCUUGCAUUAUAUGGAAGUUAGUGCCUUCUGGUUAAAUCAUAGCCUUAUUUAAAUAGAACUUCUUCCCACGAGUUGUGUGGCAAGUAGAAGAAAGCUCUUAUCGGGACUGACAGAGGAACUUUGGGUCUUACGAUA